AAAACAUUUUCCAUUAUCGAUGUAUCGAUGCUUUCCCAUCUCUAUGUAAAAUUUGUUUACUCGGACUUUUGUUUAAAUUAGCGAAUUUAGGCCACAAAUCCAGCCAGCAUUACUCAGCACCGAUGCGCGCAUCUAGAUGAGUGCCUGGAUGAGCGGGCAACCGAGUUUACGCGACAGCCACAGAAUAAUCACCCGGAAAUAUGAGUUUGCACUACGCGGAAUCGGAGUCUUCGCAGUCAGAGAGCAAAAUGGACAUCUCGGAGACGCCGACGGACUCCACUGGCAUCUCGCCGCUGGCCGAUGAUGCCGUGACACCUGCUCCGCCCAAGAACAUCCUGGCGCUGGAGAAGGAAAAUGAGAUUGUGAAUGAUCUGGCAAAGACGACUACGACUUCCACCUUGGACAACCGAAUUCUUCGGUCGGAUAUGCUGCCCAUUGAGACGAUGCCGCCACAACGACAUACCAUCGAGCGCACGCUGGCUAAUAGCCAUCCGUUGAUGUCGCCUACAAACACGGACUCGGACUCCGAGCCUUUCCAGCUGAAGAAACAGGAGAAGCCGCAGCCGCGAGGCAACUUUCCGGACGUGGUGCCCACCACGGAGACGGUGCAGGCGAAGAACUCGCUGAACCAGUCGCGGAAUAAACCCCAGGAUGCCAAGGUCAGUCUGUUGAGGGCCAACAGUCCAGACAUUCUGAGCAGCGAGUCGGAUGCGGAUGUGUCCCAGUACUUGGCUGCCGUGGAGUCCAAUUUCCAGUCGGUCUCCCUAAUGCCGAACGGCAAUGGCAAGAAAUCCAAGCGGACCACAACUCUCCCCGGCGGCGAGGAUAUAUCCAGCUUGGACUCGAUUUCCAACCACAGCUUCGAUGACGACGAGGAUAUCGAGCAUAAUUUGGCCUCAUUGAGUCCCUCCAGCUCGCUCAUCGACGGCCUGGACGGAGAGGACGACGACGACGACUGCGAGGGUCCGGAGCUAUUGCCCGACCAUGACGACGACCUGGAAUUGGACCUGGAGUUCAGACUGGCCACCACACCAACGCCACAUGCUGCUGCUACGGCUGCGGUCCCAGGCGCCUCCACUCUGCCACAAUACACGGCUGCUGAGGAGCGGCGAGAUUCUCGGAAUUGGCAAAAGAUCACUUUGCCAGACGGACGCACCCGCGAGAUCGACAUGCGCGUCAUCGAGCCCUACAAGCGGGUGCUCUCCCACGGCGGAUAUCUCAAAUCUGGCGGCCAGAACGCCAUAGUCAUCUUUUGCGCCUGCCACCUGCCGGAUAGAUCGCGGGCCGACUACAGCUAUGUGAUGGACAACCUGUUUCUUUAUGUGGUCAAGACUCUUGAGCAGCUGGUCACCGAUGACUAUGUGCUGAUCUACCUGCACGGCGGCUCCAACAGGCGAAACGUGCCUCCCUUUCCAUGGCUCAAGCGUUGCUAUCAGUUGCUAGAUCGUCGGCUACGCAAAAGCCUGAAGCACAUGUAUCUGGUGCAUCCGACAUUCUGGAUCAAGUCGCUGGUGUGGAUGGCAAGGCCGUUUGUGAGCACAAAGUUCUGGCGCAAGCUGGUCUACGUAAAGUCCCUGGAGGAGCUUGGCCUGCAUGUGGCCGUGGAAAAGGCAGCCAUUCCGGAAAAGGUGAAGCAGUAUGAUGCCAAGCGGCACUGAGGAUACUGCAAUGCCCACAGACUUGUUUUACUCAAACGCAAAACGCUAAUGCAACCGCAACGCAUUCAUGCCACACUCGCUAUACACUAGAAUCUGUGCAUUACGCAUUCCCCAUCUUCACGGACUACGGACUAAGGCUAUAUAAUCCUCCAACCGAUUUGGUUUGCGCUCUCUCGCUAUGCUUUAAUUUAAGAUCUCAAUCUUUGUGAUACUUUAUGUUUGCCUUCUCAGUCGAGUUCCCCUCAGCAUUUUUCCGUGUGUGAAGCGUGAAGGCGUGGAGUUCGUUCAGCAAGACAUCGAACAAGUUUUUGUAGUUCUUUAUUGGCAGCCGUAGUAGAAUCGUAUUAAUAGGCAAAGAGCCAUCCACAUAUUUAUACCAUGUAGUUAUCGUGUAGCUUCCGCUUCAUAUACAUCAAAUAUAUAUAUAUACAUA